CUUUCUCUCUAAAUUCACUUACUUUCUUAAACAGAAUAAAAAAUAAAAGGACUCAAAUGGCAAUCCCAUUGUCCCUCUUUCUACUGGUAUUUUCUUUCUUGGCUCCCUCCAUUUUCUCGGCCUCUCCAGUUCAAGACCCUGAGCAAGUUGUUCGACAAGUCAAUGAAAGCAUAAGGAAUGCUACGGCAGCUAGGAGGAAGCUGGGAUUUCUCUCAUGUGGAACCGGGAACCCCAUUGACGACUGCUGGCGGUGCGACCCUAAUUGGGCAAAGAACCGUAAGAGGCUAGCCGACUGUGGCAUUGGAUUCGGUAAGCGUGCCAUUGGUGGCCGGAACGGAAAAUUUUAUGUUGUGACGGACCCCAGUGACCGUGAUCCAGUGAAUCCCAAACCCGGUACUCUUAGGCAUGCAGUUAUCCAAGAUAAACCUUUGUGGAUCAUAUUUGCUCGUGACAUGGUGAUCAAACUGAAGGCUGAAUUGCUGAUGAACUCGUUCAAGACGAUCGACGGCCGAGGUGUCAGCGUCCACAUCGCCGGUGGGCCAUGCAUUACUAUACAGUACGCGACCAACAUUAUAAUUCAUGGGAUUAACAUACAUGAUUGCAAGAGGGGAGGGAAUCUUUACGUGAGGGAUUCUCCUACGCAUUAUGGGUGGAGGACUACAUCGGACGGUGACGGGGUAUCGAUAUUUGGGAGCAGCCACGUUUGGGUGGACCAUUGCUCCUUGUCUAAUUGCAAUGACGGGCUUAUCGAUGCCAUCCACGGAUCCACCGCCAUCACCAUUUCUAACAAUUACAUGACACAUCAUGAUAAAGUCAUGCUCCUAGGUCACAGUGACUCUUACACCCAAGACAAGAACAUGCAAGUCACCAUUGCCUUCAACCAUUUUGGAGAAGGGCUUGUGCAGAGAAUGCCUAGAUGCAGGCAUGGAUAUUUUCACGUGGUGAACAAUGAUUACACGCAUUGGAUAAUGUAUGCAAUCGGUGGCAGUGCAAAUCCGACGAUCAACAGCCAGGGGAACAGAUUUCUUGCACCAGAUAAAAUGAAUAACAAAGAGGUGACUAAACGAGAGAAUACGCCGCGGAAAAAAUGGAAGAAAUGGAAUUGGAGGUCAAGAGGGGAUUUGAUGUUAAAUGGAGCAUUCUUCACACCUUCCGGCACCGGAGCCUUGUCGAGUUAUGCGAAGGCGUCGAGCCUGAGUGCAAGACCGUCUUCGCUUGUCAGCUCAGUCACAGCAGGGGCGGGUGCACUGGUUUGCAGGAAGGGCAGACGUUGCUAGGAAUAUUGAGGCAUGGAAGACUAAAUCAAUAGAUUUAUGUUUAUGUAUAUUAAUUGGUAAGUUACAUAUAUAUAUUCACUCUGGAUCAUGUAUACCAACUUCAAGCUUUAAGAUCAGCCUGUUUCUGUGAAAGCUUAUCAGUUAGCAGGAAGAAGAGCAGAUAAAAGUGUUUGAUAAAUUCAAUGAAAUGAAUCGUCACUUUUCCAUUAGUAGGAAAUAGAGUGUCUAUAAAUUGUAUCCGAUAUGAUUUUAUAAAAAAAUAUAAAUAUAAUUAAAGCAUAGUAUAAA